UGAACUGUUUUUAUUUUAUUUAUUUUUUUCUGCUUAAACACAGUUUUUCAUUAAAAAUUGAGGAGGAAGUCUGUUAGGCACCAGUCCUUCCAAAACAAACUUGAUUUUAAUGAGAAAAAUCUUUGAAUUAAUCUUUUAAAAAAUUAAAUAGAGUGAUUUUUAUGUGUGAUUUGUUUUUUGUAGGGCUCAAGAAACCCUAAAGAGUCUAAAUGUUGUGAAAGCGAUCUUUGGCCCAGAGAGCUGCGCUGAGGGUCGAGCCUGAGAAUAAUGGUUUCUUGACAGCAGUGUUGACAGCGCCGCAGGCCUCAUUCUGUAAACAGAACAUACGUGCACGUUCGGAGUCCCUCUCUUCUCUCUCCUUCUGUCAGAUGAGUCCAUGCGGCAUCUGUCAUGUGCUCUGCUCCGUUUGUCAAAGUCACAUCAUGGCUGCCGCAUCUCCUGUCAACUGCUGUGGGUUCGUGUGCAUUUGUGUUGUUGAAAGGAUUAAAAGAGCUUUAACUCCCAAACUUGAGCAGAUAUUCUAGUAAUAGAGUUGAAGCUCUCAGCUUGCAAUAUACAAGUUAGAAAUAAGUACAAGAUAACAUCAGGCCAUUAAUAACAAUAAAAUAAAAUGAUCUGGAGGGUGGGAUGGAAUUGCCUGAAGGAGCCUUGACACAUGUGGUGUAAGCCAAGGAUAGGCAACUCCAGGCCUCGAGGGCCGCAUUCCUGCAUGUUUUCUAGCAUACCGUCCUCUGGUAGGUUCUAAAUGGCGGGACACACACAAACCAGGUAGUUUUGAGUAGGGCUUGGAUAUCUGGAAAUCACGCAGACACAAUGGCCCUCGUAGCCUGGAGUUGCCUAUCCCUGGUGUAAGCACUUCACUGCAGUAAGUGUUGUGAAGUGGUGCAAGGCUGCUUUCGCUUCAUAAUCUACUCAAAUUUCAUUUAUUGUUUAAACGGCUGAAGAGAGGAUUUGAUGCUCAUUUAUCCCACGGUGUUCACAUUAGACCAGAAGGGAGGGGCUUCUUCUACUUUUUCUUUUGCCACUGUUUACUAGUGCUUGUCUGCCACCUACAGUUGGAAGAGGAUUAGCGGAAGCAGUGCGAAUCUCAUGAAUCUUGCUCCAGGCUUGUUCUCUCACAGCUCUUUCCCAAAAAGUGAAGGACUUGGUGUCACAUAAUUGUCCAAGCUGUAUCUAUCAAUUUCUCCUUAUUAAUUGAAAGAACAAGAUCCUGAAUACUAGUGGCCAAACUGAGCUCCUCUGUAGGUGAGAUAGGGUGAAAGGCUCGGCCACCCACUUCUCCUCCGCAUUGAGAGGAGCCAAUUGAGGUGGCUCAGCCAUCCAGAUGCCUCCAGGGCAUCUCCCUGGGUAGGUGUUCCGAAUAUGUCCCCGGGGAAGACCCAGGACACGCUGGAGAGACUACGACUCUCGCCUGGCCUGGGAACGACUCUAGGCCCCCCCAGAGGAGCUGGAGGAAGUGACCUGUUAGAGGGAAGUCUGGGCAUCUUUGCUUAGACUUCGAGAUGGAUGGGUUAUCAAUUUUCAACCGGUUGGCACUUCUGUGAAUAAAAAGGAACACAAUCCAUACGUCACUACCAAAUCUGAGUCCCUUGAUUGGUCAAAAUUUGAGAUUAGAUCCCAAAAACUAUCUCAGAAACGUGCAUCAGUGCAUGAGUUAUAAAUGUCAUCCAGUUUGAAUGCUUAGUGAUAUGUAUUUAACAUUAAAAUCAUUGAAAUAACUGCACUUUCUGCAUUCAAAUUAUCUUUUUUUUUUCUUUUUCAAACAUUUCCUAUUUUUAUUUGUCUCUUACAGAUUGAAUUCUGCUGAACCUGGACAAGAUCUGAUCAGGACGGUCUCCAAACCCCGUGAAGUUAUCCAGGAAACAGUUUUGUUCACCUUUUCCCGCUUUUGAAGCAAACAUUCCUCUCCAAGCGUCUGUCUGCAUUUUGGACCUAAACUUUUUCUGCCUGCUUCUUCUUGACCUUUUUUUUUUUUGUUAAACGAGACCAAAUCAGAUGCCAAACUGACUGUGUCGACAUAAAAAAGCAAAAAUAUAAGCAACAGAUCAUCAGAACUAUAUUUAGACCAUCUUUCUUUCCAAUCGUCCAGUUCAACCACACGACCACUCACCAUCCUGCAGUACUUGUUGCUGUCUAUGCUAAACCUGAGACUAUAAUCAGUGCAUUAUUGGUUCAAAGUGCUUUACCGUAAGACCCUCCAGCUAGUGGUUUCCAGAGACAGCCCGCAGUCCGAGGGGAGGGCUGCCAAAGGAAGCCGAACAAGCCACGUCUAACCCCAAACCACUGCUGCUACCCGAGAGGCUCAGUAUACUGUCCUGUCACUGCGCUGUGAAACACUGUUGACACUUUGCUUCCUUCUUCCAGUUGCUUCUGCCAGAGAGGACUCUCGGUUCUCCGUCGUCUUUUUCCUUCCAUUCACUGUGCUUGAUCAAGCCACAGUUGAGAGCGCCCCUUUACUCCCUUUUUGCAUUCUUGAAGGAUUUCACUGUUCUCGCUUGUUUCUAGAGAAGAACUUUAAGCCAUACCGAACACCAGCCAUAAAAGUCCACAGAUCUCUUCGGCCGAGUGAUCUUUACUCACAUCCAUGCAUAUUCAGGAAGCCGAUGAGGAAACUGAAGGAACGACUUUGUAAGUUCGGACUCUUUCUACGAAGAUCAGGCUCUGUACCGAACCUGUGGCCACACCGCCUUCUACAUCGAGAUUCCCAUCCUCUCCCGGUGUUCCUCUGCGCUGACGGAUGAAUCCGGAAACUUUCAUGUCUGUUCUGUGGGCCCAAUGGCGCUGCCCUGCUAGAACCGGGCCCAAACCCUCCUUCGUUCUCUUCUGCUGGGCUAAGCUGAACUCAGAGCAAAGACACUCGCGCGACGGGGUUAGCACAUAGACGAACGCCCGCUCCUCACCAGCUCUCUGCUACUGAAUGCCUUGACGUGCUCGUUGGAACCGGCCGAUCUGUCCUUUCGAUGAAAGCUACGAUGCUGCUUUACGCUUUACAGUGCUGGAACUCACACUCAACAGUUCCCUUCCUGUGAGCGCCCCAAAACUGCUGUUAUGCAACUCGUAAGAACGGCUCCUCGAGAAAUAGAUUUGACCUAAACACAGUUUUUUUUUCGAUCAUUCAAAGAGUAAAGUGCCAAACUCUGAAAAGUAACAUCCUCCAUCUGAGCUAACAUGAAAUGUUAAGUUUACAAGCAGCGCUAAAUGUUUACACACCGCAGCUUCCUUCAGUUUCUCCAGCGAAUCGUAACUUUCGUGCCAAACGCGCCAUAACUGUGUUCAGUCGGACCGAUAGAAUUAAAUGAGUUUACACUUUUUCACUUUUUUUGUUUACAGAAAACGUGAGAAAACUGCCAUUUCUGAAGGCACUCUGUCACCCUACAGGACACAUUUGAUUACGCAGUGCCAUACAGCUACCCCAUGCGAGAGAUUCCUUCGGUUUGGAAGCUGUCGCUCCAUAGGGCCUAAAAUCUCCGAAAGACCUCAAUGUUUACACUAGCUGCUCGUGCGAGAGACACCCAGAAAUGUUUACAUUCAGACAAAAGAGUAAAAUGCCAAACACAUUCAUACAGCUGCUGAACUCCAGGAGAAACAUCUGAUCAAGGAGGAGGGAUUUACCCACCUGACGGACCCUCGAUCCAGGACGGAACUGCUUCUCAAGUUUUUACUACUUUUUAAUACUUCAAAGUUUGCCAUUGAACAAUGAAACCCUCUGUGCUCGGAAGGAUGCUUUUCUCGUCUGUCAUCCUCCUAUUUUCCUGCUGCCUGGCUCACUCCGCUGUAACCACCACCACCACCACCACCGCAGAGCGGCGAGCCAUCAACAGAGACGUUAGGAACUCUGCCAGUAAAACGACCUUGUUCCUCCUGACUGGAUACAAGCCCCCGGUGCUCGGCGGACCCAAACGAGGGCCAAAAACAGCCGAGGUGGAGGACGACCCUCCGGCGAUGGCAGAACUCCCGCCGAAGCCCCUCCCUCAGACCAUGUUGCCAAAGAAUGUGACGGAGGACGCUCUGAAGCCGCCGCUCGGCGCGGCGCACAUUCCUCAGCAGCUGGUGGACGUGGAUAUCUGCAGGGGCUACUACGACGUGAUGGGGCACUUCGACACCACGUUCAACUGCUCCAAGGGCAGUUACGUCUACUGCUGCGGCACCUGCCACUACCGCUUCUGCUGCGAGCACCAGAAGAACCGGCUGGACCAGGCCUCCUGCACCAACUACAAGUCUCCGGUGUGGGCUGACCCUCAAGUUCCUGUUACCGUGCCAGCGGGCAAGAAGCCCAUCCCUGACUUUGAGACGCUUCAGCAGCAGAGCAGCAGCACUGGUUAUGUGAUUGGGGGGGUGAUCUCCUUCACGCUGGUGGUGGCCGUGGGCGUCAGGAUUGCCUUCAGCAAAGUUGCACGUCGACCUCGCAACAGAGAGAUCAACAUGCCCAGAUCACUGGUGGACAUCUUACGUCACCAAUCCAGCCCUGUGCAGCAGGGGGAGAGGAACAACACCACUGUGCUGACCACCUCCGAUGGACGCACAUCCAAGAACCUCUACACCCCCAUCCUGCAGAUGAAAGACAACCGCACUGGGAACUUGCACCACCCUUUUAACCAGCAGGGGUCUGCUUCCAGCCCCAAACACUCUGCCACCGUCGAGCGUGGACCCCGUAUGAACAACACGCCCCAGCUCUCCUCCGGGCCGAAGCUGAUCUCCGGAAGCGGCAAAGGCCCCGGAGGGGUCGGCGUCGGUGGCAGCGGCUUCAUGGGAGGCAGCAUGAGGCACAACAGCAGCCACCCGUCUUUUUCCCACUCCUUCCACAACCUGGCCCAGCUGCCACCGUCCUACGAGAUGGCCAUGAAGCCAGAGAUCAACCGCUACAGCUCCCUGAAGAAGCUGGAGAAAGAACUGGACGAGUACUCGGGCUACUACACCUCCAAACGGCGUGCCAACAACGCCCCGCCCUCCUUCCAUUCCUCCCAGCACCACCUGCCCUGGGGAGGCGACUACACGCUGGGCUCCAGGGGCACCCUGCCCCUCCACGGCUCCCGCCCGCACCUCCACAUCCCGGCGUCCACCCCGAACCCGUACCCGCUGCCCUCGCAGGCGCCCUACACCAGCUCCACCUUCGACCGGCCGCCGCGCCGCGUCCGCUCCCAGGACCAGCUGCUGGCGCUCGGGGAAGGCAACACGCUGACGCGCCUGUCCAAGAACCAACAGCACCAGUACUACAAAGCCAUGAUGAGCACCAGCAGGAGCUCCACGUCACAGACGCUCCGCAGGUCUCACGAGCGGCUCCUGAUCUCGCCGGACCGCCUUGACGAGCGGCUGAUGACCAUGGGACACCUGAUGGGGGCAGGGGACAGAGGAGCUAGUGGUGGGAUGGUUCCCACCAUGGGCCGCCUCAGCCACCACCAGAAGGCCCAGUCGCAGCAGAACAUCUGCGCCACGCCCUCCAUGGACCGCCACCACAUGAUCAAGAUGAACUCCCAGCCGUCGUCGGGCCACGAGCACGAGCGCAGCGCCGCCGCCGCCAUGCCCGGGAUGGGGAUGCGCAGCGGCUGGGAGUCCCACGGCGCGGCGGGGACUCUCGGAGGACACCCCAACGCCCGUCGGAUGGCCUUCGCCAACAAGCGGCAGAACACCAUCGAGCAGCUGCACUUCAUCCCCGGAGGCGGAGGCGGGCAGGGGCUGCGGACUGGGAGUAAGAACGAGGUGACAGUUUAGGAGCAGAAACCUCGGAGGCACCAAACAUCUCAAAAGGAAAUGUGUCCAUGAAAAUUCAGCCGAUCCCCGAAGAAAAACAAAUCAGACAAGAGCAGAAAACGAGACUUUUCAGGAAGCAGAGUUUGGCCCCCUCUGGUUCUCCUUUGAGACGAUGGAAGGACGGCGUUGAGCUCUUUCACUCUAAAGGUGUCCCAGACCAAACGAGGCUCUUUUGUAUGGAUUUCUCUCGACUGAGCCCAACUGUAGGAGUUCGUUUGUACUUCCUAGAACACGGAUUCAUCCUGAAGCCAGCCGAUUUGUAAACAGCUGGACGUGUGACCGACGUGUCGCUGCUUUCUCUAGACGUGAUUGGAUAAUCACAGUGCCACUGUCCACACCUUCAAGCCAAGUGCAGUUAACCCUCAUUUUCCUGAGACGAAGUGACGAUGUUGCAGUCAGAGUCGGACACUAGUGAAGCUUAGAAUCGGACCUUUCAUACCAACCUGUGAACAAACGUCGUUGAAACGCUUUAGUGUUUGUUUAGUGUGGAGGUCCGAAGGUUUGGAGUCACCCCUCCUGGAGAGCGCCGCCGCCGUUGCCGCCGCUCACCUGUUAUGAACAGAAAAGCUAGUUUGAGGGGGCAGGACAUUGGACACUUCACACCAAGGGCUAAACUGAAUUAUCUUUGUGUGUCCGUGCUCUGUACAGUGUCGGCUUCUCAUUUUCAUUUCUUCUGUCGGAGGCAUGCUCGUGCAUAUUUCUACAGGUACUCGUGUAUGUCGGGGCGGGGAGGGCGGAGCUUCAGUGUAACAUGUAAAAGCACCUUUAUGUUCGAUAUUGUCGAGGAAGCAGAGGAGACGACAACGAUGUCAUAUUUUGUAAAAUAUUUUAUUGAAUGAACCUCUUUCCGGGAGGUUCUCGGUCUCCGGAGUUUUUGGUGUUUCCAUAAGGACGGGUUUGAUCGUGGCAGGGGUGUCCAAACUUUGUGUUGUGUUUGCUUCCAUACUGUUGUGAUGCAUUACACUCUUUCCUCACUGCAACAAUUUCAAAGCAAAAAUGAACACAUUUUCCCCUAUAUAAAACAAGAACAAACAAAAAAAAAACAUACAUUUUAACCCUUGUUUAUGUUCUUUGAUUUACCGUAACUUUUCAAUUAUCAGUGCGAUUGAUGUAAUUGGAAUUACAUCAAUCGAGUUAAUGGUUGAAGAGUUACAAUAUGUUAAAGAUUUGGCGUUUAAGCAUCACCGGCAAUGCCUCCGGUAUCAAAGGAUAUCAAUGUAUUUUUGCUUCUAUAAUUUACCUAUUUAUAAUUCAUUUUUAUUACGAAAAAUUGGUUUCUUCCAAUAAAAAAUCUGCUGAUUCGGCAUAAAUUUGUAUAUAAAAUACUGAAUUGGCCAAAAAUAUAUAUAAUUUGUAAACUAUAAACGUUUCUAUAAAGCUGAAAUACAUGACAUAAAAAAAAAUAAUAAUCUGGAACUGUCUAGAAUAAACUAAUCUUCAUUUAAGGAAACAAAAUCAUGAACUAAAAACGCUAUGUUAAAAACUAAAUUCGGUGGGGAAGCAAACAAAAUUUAAAUAUGUUAGAUAUUCUAAGACAAAUUUUUAAUAAUUUAUUUAUAAUUAAUUUUAAAAAAAUCAAAUUUUAUAUAUUAUUUAAGUUUAAAUAAAUACAAAGAGUGUGUAUAUUAACACCCUAGACCUUAAAAACCUAUAAAUAGAAAAUACAAUUUUAGCCAUUUUAAUUUAAAAAAAAAAAGUACUACCAACUGAUAAGUUAGCAGAAUGUAAGCUAAAAAUAAUAAUAAUAAUAAUUCCACUUCCUGCUUGGAUAUCUGUCAAAGUCUGGCGAUAAGAUGUUUCCCAAUACAUGCCUCACGAUAAGUAUCGUGAUAUACAGUCUAUGGAUAUAUCCCAAGACUACACCAGAACAAUUUUUUACUAUUUUUUUAAGCUGAGCUCCGUGCAUGAACCGCAGCGCAACUGCAUUGCGUCACUCGGUAUUAUAUGAACCGCUACGAAUCUGCAUUUUUAUAUGAUACUGGCAGCAACAUGGCACAGAAUUCCGUUUCGAUACCCAUCCCAAGUAAAAAUGAAGAAGUACAUGUCUCAGAACAUCAAAAACCACGAGGUUGACUGAACAUUUAACACAAGCUGGUUCUCGCGAGAUCUUGUUGCUGUUUUGGUCGCGGUGCAAAGGCGCUCAAAGAGGCUCAGUGUGUUGUGCUGCCAUCUAGUGGUUUAGGUGGAAAACAAAAAUAAGACGUUGAAGGACACUCAAAUAAUUAAUUAAAUAUCAUUAUGCUAGAAUUUUAAAACGAUACAAGUAUCGCCAGAUGGAAUAUAGCGAUAUAUCACCGAAUCGAUUUGUUUCUAUACCCCUACUAAAAAGACUAGAUUCCAUCUAUAAAUGGCUAACUUUGCUACUAUCGCUUUAUCUAGUGAGAAAAUAUGCAGAAAAGUGAAGCUUUAAGUUGGCUUUUGAAAAAAUAUUUAUUAAAAGUGAACAAAUAUGAAUGGAAAAUGUUGCACUUUCCAAAAUAUUUCAAAAAGAAAUGAAACAAAAUUAAGUAGUUUACUAAAUAUGUGACGUUGACACUGCUGAAACCACAAUAAAUGUGUUUUUGUGCAUCUAAAUGACACCACAAAACUCAAAUGAAAAGAAAAUUAGCUUCAAACAUUUCUCAACAUUAUAAAUAUGAAGCUUUUUUUUUUUUUCAAAUUUAUUGAAGUUUUAAAUGUGAUUUUGGAUUGGUUAUAAAGGAGAACUAAUGCUCCACCAAGUGUCAAAAUAAGAAGAAAAACCAAAAAGGCGUAAAAAUGUUUGUGUUAUGACCUACAGGAAAACUCAUGUUUGGAUACCCCUGAAUCUGAAUGACGCUUCAUAAUGGACAGUUGUUGUGUUUGAAGUCAUCAAAAUGGUGAACACUUUUAUCAACACUUUUUUUUAAAACUGUGUGACUUUAAUUGUGAUUUAAAUUGUUCAUGUUGUUUUUGUUGGCAAAAGGUUUUAAAAAUCUCCUCUGUGAACCCCAGGAGCUGAUUUGAGGACCAACCGUGGGCUGCAUGGGGAAGGCGUCGCGUUCACACACAUCUGCUUUUCUAACUUCCUAGCAUCAUCUUUUAUCUUGGAAUGCCAGGAGUUUUAACCCGAUCAGUUCUCAGUGUAAUUCUCACCGAAAUGUUGUUUGCUCACUUCACCCGUGAAAGGUUCAUUUCAGCUCCUGUCUUUUCGUUUUCAGGGGGACGUCGAGCCGCUUUUCUCAUUGAGUUUCGUUCACCAGCGAGGACGGUGUAAAUCGUUUAAAGGCUUUUCAUGUGAAGUUCCAGUGUGUGAAACGUGAAACAGCUGGUCCAUUUCUAGCAUGGUUUCUGUGUUUUGAUGGUGUUGAUCUGAAAACAAUCGUGCAUUUCUUACACGUUAAUGUUUCGACCUGAACAUCAGCGUCAUAAGACUCCUUUAUGAAACCUCCGUACCCGUAGACGGGGGAAAAAAAGAAAUUCUAGCACGUCAUUGAACCAAAAAUUUUUAACUUUGACCUUUAUUUCAAGGUAAUGAAAGGAUAAAUCAAAUAGACAUGGAAUUAAUUUGUACUUUUGAUGUGUCACUCCUUUGAAGGCCUCUUCCUGUUGUUGUGAUCCAUGUUCAUUGCUGCCCUGGUUAGAAACUGUGUGCCUGUACGUGAGUAUGAGUGUGUUAACCAUGGUGGGUGGGUGGGGGGGCAUGGGUGUAUUUGUAUUCUCAAAGCUACUCUGCAUACCUCAAACUGUAUGAUACAAUUAUUUAUAACAUCCCUUAUAUGUCUAUUUCCAAGAAAAUCCCAAUGAAGGUCUGACAGACGUGCUACCUUUUUGUUAUUGGUGAUCAUUUCUUGCGUUUGUAGAACUCAUACUGUUUAAAAGAUAAUAUAUAAAUAAAUUUGAAAAAAUGCCACAUGA